AUGCAUAUCUUAGGUUCCCCUAAUCAAAAUAGUCAAUCACAUUAUCCUCAACACAAUUUAAAUUUCUCAAAUCCAAAUUCGUUCACCCAAUUUCCUCCAAAUUCAACCGAGAAAUUCCAAUAUUCUCAAUCUGACUCAGUAUUUCCUAUGUCCCAACACUUUCAGUCGUCGGUAGGUGGAGAGCCACUUCCAGAAUUUGAUACUUCAUUGCGAUCUCGUGCUACAUCAGUAGAAGAUGAUGAUGAUGAUGAUGUAGAAGACAAGAUUGAGGACAAUGAUGGUGAAGAUGGAGACACGCAAGCUGAAAAAACGUCUAGACAAUUUUGGUCGCACGCUGAAGAAGAAGUCCUGGUAAAAUCAUGGCUGCAGGCUAGUACAGAUAAAUAUGUUGGUACGAACCAAAAGGGAAAUACGUUUUGGGGCAAGGAAACAAGCGGUCAAUCUGAUGAUGAUGUUAUGAAGACUGCAUUUGCCAUAUACAAGAGUGACUCAAAGAAACAUGCAGAGUUUCAAGACAAGCAUUGUUGGGGAAUUCUAAGGGGGGCAGACCAAUGGAAGCCCAUAGGGAGUACUGUCAAGAAAUGCAAGAAGAAGACGGAAACUCAAGAAGGUGGCUCUAAGAGGAUUCGAAUUAAUGAAGAUGGUAACUUCUCCACUUCAACUGACCAAAUUACACCAACCAGUGGUGAUGUAGGUUGUUCCUUCCAGCCUCCUAGUGAUGGGUCUGUAAAAAAUAAAGGUAAGGGUAAGGGAAAAGUUAUGAACAUCCCUCCAGAGGCAUUUCAACAAUGGGUUGAUUCAGUAUCUGAGAUGAAUUUGUCAAGGACAAGUGAAACUGAAAUGGAACUUGCUAGGCUAAAACAUGAUAGAGAUAUCGAAAGUGAAAGGGUGCAGCUAGAGAGAGAGAAGGUAUUAGUGAAACAAAGAAAGAUUAAUUUGGAGUUAUUCAAAGUCCUUUCAUCAAAGGCAUACCUAAUAGAACAAGAAGAGGAAUUGAAAAAUAAUCUUGUUAAGGUAUUAUUUCCAUGA